UAUCAAUGUUGCAGCCAAUCAUUGACUUAUCUCAAGGUAAUAUUGACUUACCUGUUUAUAGUGGUAAAAUAUGACCAAACAUUAAUUUUACAGUUUUGCUUGUGAUAAAGUACCUGAGAAAGACUGGAAGGAGAAAGAAGUGCGACGAUGGGCACGGGGUUCGUUUACCGCCUCCCGGGCAUCACCGUGCAGAGGCAGCGCAUCAGCACCGAGCAGAGUGGCAGCAGCGCGGGACCACCCAGUACCGGAUCACGUGCCCAACUCAGAAACUGGUGUCAGUAUGCUGUCUCAAAGACGGUGUCCUGUCAGGUGCAAAAUGGCACCGAAUCCUCUGUGCAGAGAGUGUUCCAGUCCUGCCGCUGGCCUGGACCUUGUUCCAAAGUCCUCAGCUACAGAACCAUCAUCAGACCGUCUUUUAAGGUUGCCUACAAGCAGGUGACUGCACUGGAGUGGAGGUGCUGCCCCGGGUUUGUUGGCGAGGAGUGUCGUCAAGAGUGCAUGAACUGCACCAUGCUCACUGACAUGAGCCACAGGAUGGACGCCAUGGAGUCGAAGGUGAAGCAGCUGGAAGAAAGACCUUCCCCAUCACAAGCAGCCAACAAUCCACCACAGGGGUCGGCUGAUAACGAGGUGGACGCUCCCAAACCCACACCUAUCGGACCGCCAUCGUACCUGCCGCCAGCAGGAGGAAGAGGCCCUCAAGGCCCUAUUGGACCACCAGGACCUCCUGGCACAACCGGGCCUGCAGGUCUACCUGGUGUACCAGGCUUUUCUGGACCCAUCGGACCGAAAGGGGACAGGGGUCUGCCUGGUGAAAUGGGUCUGCGUGGCCCACCUGGUCCUCCAGGGCCCCCCGCUGUUCCUUCCAGGUCAUCUACCGUGCAAAUGAGGGGUGAUGUGUUCCAAGUGGAUCAUCAAGAGGAAGACCGCAUCCAUCCAGUUGGCCCUCCUGGUCCAGCUGGUCCCAGUGGACCCCCAGGGCCUCCUGGACCAACAGGACCUGCAGGGAUUCCAGGCAUGCCGGGUCAAGAUGGCAAGGAAGGCGACCAGGGAACACCUGGGAUUGUUGGACCUAAAGGAGACGCGGGGGAAAGGGGGCCUCCAGGAGCAAGAGGCGAUCAAGGCCUGGCUGGGCCGGCAGGGCCUAAAGGAGAGCCAGGUGAAGGUCUAGAUGAGGCAGAGGCGGUGCCACAGCUCAGGGAGGCCCUGAAGAUCCUGGCAGAGAGGCUUUUGAUCCUGGAGCACAUGAUAGGCAUUCAUGAAAACCCAGAGGGAUCUGGUUUUGGUGCAGUUCUGGACUCCCUUUCCUUCACCAGCAGAAAGGUCAAGCGCCUCCAGCCCGUCCAAGAUGGCACAUUACAGGAGAGACUAUUCUAGUGCACAUGGUUUCAUUUUUCUCACACUUUUAUCGCCCUUAUUUUGAAUCCUGGUGAAGAUCUGAGUGAGUUGGACAUGAUGCUGCAUUGGGAUGGAGUCUACUCAAGUGUAGUAGCAGCACUUCCAUGGUGUCAGACAGUGAAAUAUAACCCCAUAAACUCUUAUGAGGGUCUUUGCUUCUUUCUUUCCUCAGAUAAAAGAGGGCCUAGUAAACAAAUCACUUUUCUGGCUCGCGCUCCCUCGCAGAGCUCCCCAGGCUGCGACAGGCCAGUUCCUGAGACCUAAAAACUACACUGUUUAGUGUCGAACUCGUUCUUGGACCAUCUUCACGGGUCUUCCCAUGUCGGCCCGCCUGCGUUUCCGCUUUCCAACGCCUCGUUAAAUGGGAGCUGGGACGCGACACGCUGCCAGCAGUGUCUGCUUGCAAUGAGAGUUAGCUGGAACCGCACAUCUGGCGAGUGCACAUCUGGAAAAGGAGAGGGAGACAAUCUCUCCUGCGUGGUUUCACACAACCUGACAGGAUUACAUCUUCAUCUUCAUUUAACGACCUCAUGUUGUCGAGAGAAACCAGUCUCUGAUGAGAUGCAGAGACUGUGUCAUUUUGGUUGUUGCUUUGUCUCCAUGAGGUCCUAAAAUGAUCCAUACACUGACCACGUUUUCAGUCCAAGUUCAUUUUUAUUUGGUAUCUUUCAGCAGUAGACUGGAAGAGGAUGUCUGGUGACCUUACCAAGGUGUAGUUGAUGUGAUAGGCUCCAGCUUCCCCACAACCCUGCACAGGAUAAACCAGCACCUUGCAAAGUGCGGCACAGUGACUUUACUCUCUAUAAUAUAAUAUACAGUACAGGCCAAAAGUUUAGACACACCUUCUCCUCAUUCAAUCUUUAUUUUCAUGACUAUUUACAUUGUGGAUUGUCACAUCAAAGCUAUGAAUGAACACGUGGAGUUAUGUAAAAAAGGUGAAAUAACUGAAAACAUAUUUUAUAUUCUAGUUUCUUCAAAAUAGCACCUUUUGCUUGGAUUACGGCUUUGCACACUCUUGGUAUUCUCUCCAUGAACUUCAAGAAAUGGUUUUCACUUCACAGGUGUGCCUUAUCAGGGUUGAUUAGUGGAAUAUAUUGCUUUAUCAAUGGGGUUGGGACCAUCAGUUGUGAUAUAUCCAUCCAUCCAUCCAUCUUCUUCCGCUUAUCCGAGGUCGGGUCGCGGGGGCAGCAGCUUAAGCAGGGAAGCCCAGACUUCCCUCUCCCCAGCCACUUCGUCCAGCUCCUCCCGGGGGAUCCCGAGGCGUUCCCAGGCCAGCCGGGAGAGAUAGUCUUCCCAGCGUGUCCUGGGUCUUCCCCGCGGCCUCCUACCGGUCGGACGUGCCCGAAACACCUUCCUAGGGAGGCGUUCGGGUGGCAUCCUGACCAGAU